AUGGCCGCUGCUAGUACCAGCGCGCGGCUCCACGCAGAGCGCAAUCUGCUUCCCCUUCCGCUCGCCUUGCUGCUGCUCCUCGCCGCCACCAGCACCAGCGCCACGCGGCCCGCCCUUCACGGAUCCCCCUCCGCCACCGGCGCGUCGCGCAGCUUCGCCCGCCGUGCGCUCGCCCACGCGGAUUCUGUUGUGUCCCCGCACAGUGUGGAGCGGCGGAAGCUGUUCAGCUGGGACGGGGUGACCGUUGAUCAGAUCAUUGCCGGCAGCCUGGGCACGAUCGACGGUCCAGAGGACGACGAGGUGACGACGAAGAUCGUGAAGAUAUUCAUGAACGCGGGGUACAACGUGAUGGUCAUUCAGAGCGCCCACUCCGUGCAGGGCGAUCCGGCGUCCGCGCAGGUGGAGGUGUGGCACUUCUGGGAUAACUCCGAGUUCAAGGUGUUUUACAAGCAGGGCCCCUUCUCUGUGGAGAAUCUUGGCAAUGGCGGGUACGAGAACUGGGCGUUCGGAGGGAACUGGGUGCGCUACGGCGCGGAUGAGAAGUCUGGCUGUCUCAUGUCAGUGUGGUGUAGAUGGUGA